AUGAUGUGCACGUCGAGCACUGUCCUUCUGAGCCUCCUCGGCCUCAGCUCCGGAGCACUAGCAGCAAGUGCUAUUUUGCCUAUGAACCCUCCUCGCAGCCCAGCAAGCUCAGGCAAAACUUGCACGCUCGUUCCAAACGGAAAUAACAUAGACGAUGUCCCUCAGAUAUUGAACGCUUUUCAAGACUGCAACAACGGCGGAACAGUCGUUUUCCCCGAAAACUCCACUUUCUACAUUGCAACAAAAUUAAAUCCGGUAAUCUACGACGUCACGAUUGACUGGAAAGGAACAUGGCUGUUUUCGGACGAUCUGGACUAUUGGCGCUCAAACUCCUACCCAAUAGCCUUCCAGAACCACGCCGCUGGUUUCAUCAUAUCUGGAGAGAGGAUAAGCAUAAAUGGCUACGGCACAGGCAAGAUCAACGGUAGUGGUAACACGUGGUAUACCGCCGAGGCAGGUGAUACGCAGCCUGGGAGACCUAUGCCCUUUGUUUUCUGGAACGUAUCCGAUGUUCUUGUUGAGCACUACGGAUUCGAUACGAUGGACGCUUACAACAUUAGACUUACAAAUUUUGUGUACCAAGGUGGAGACGACGCUAUUGCUAUCAAGCCCCGGUCGUACAACAUUUUUAUCCAGAACGUGACCGUGCAUGGUGGCAAUGGCGUCGCGAUCGGAAGCCUUGGCCAGUACCUCGAAAACAGCUCAGUAAUGAACGUUGUUGUAAAAGAUGCUAGAAUUCUUACCAACAACGAUGACAUGCACAACUCGGCAUACAUCAAGACCUGGGUUGGUGAGCUGGUUCCGCAAGAUUCAUAUGAGAGCAAUUACCUGCCGAGGGGUGGAGGUUGGGGUGUCGUACAAAAUAUUCUCUUCGAGAACUUUCACGUCGAGGGUGCGGCCGCUGGCCCUUCUAUCUCCGAAAGCUCUGGCAACAAUGAAUAUUACACUCCAGCCAACACAGAACUCUCCCAGUGA